AUUCUCUCCUCCCUCGCCGCCCCGCUUGCCUCUUGCCUCCUCGGGGGCCGCAGGGAGGAGGCGAGCACGCUGCACCCUGGGCCUGCACGGCUCGCCGGGAGGCGUAUUUCCCACUUCUCCCGGGGAAUUUGGAGAGGGUCUGUGUGCGCGCGCGCGUGAGCUGCAGGCGAAAGAGGGUAGGAUCUAGCGGCGAGCCGAGGGUCAGGGUCUUUGACGUUUCUCGCCCGUUGCACAAACCUCGCGGAGCAAGAAAGAGUGUAUCCGAGAGUGCGUGCAUGUACACGGGCUGGCUGCCCUUGGCACACUCCGUGGCCCGGGGCCCCGGGGCCCGCGGUCCCCUCUGGCGGCCGGGGAUUACCGUGACGUCACGUUGAGCCUCUGGCCACCUUGGACUGGGACACCUCGGGAACCUCACAGCCCGACGCCGAGCUGUACCUCACCUUGCCCCUGCGCGCCUUUGGCACCCUACUCCUUCUUCCUAAUUCUGCCGCCGAUCCAUGGGCCCCUCUGCCUUCUGGAACCCACAGGCCGUAGGGGUGCCUUACCAAUCGCAGAACUCGGCAGCCCCUCUGCCUUUGACUCUGCCUCCCGUCUCUCCCCGCCGGCCAACGAACUGGCGGCCAGCUCCUGCAGCCCUGUAAGAAAACCAGACGCUGCGCUGCGCUGCUGGGGCCAUCGAAUCACAGAGCUGAGCAAGGGACUCGAAAGGAAAGAGGGACUCAAGUCCCUGAAGACGCCCUGCUAUGGCCUUCCCACCCUUUGGACACCCGUAUGGCAGCGCAUCCCAGUUUCUGGUGUCUGCAAGUUCCAGUGCCACUUGCUGCGAAACGGCCCCUCGGUCAGUGUCAGAUGUGGUCUCAGCCUCCACCUCUGCCUCUACUCUUUGCUGUACACCCUAUGACAGUCGGCUGCUGGGCAGUGCUCGGCCAGAGCUGGGAGCUGCCUUGGGCAUCUAUGGGGCACCCUAUGCAGCUGCCCAGAGUUACCCUGGGUACCUGACCUAUGGCCCAGAGCCACCCACACUGUGUGGCGCACUGAAUCCUCAGUAUGAGUUUAAGGAUGCUGCAGGAAGCUUUACCCCCAGCCUGACCCAGCCAGGGGCCUACUACCCCUAUGAGACAACUCUGGGGCAGUAUCAAUAUGACAGGUAUGGAGGAGUGGAAUUGAGCAGUGCUGGCCGCAGGAAGAAUGCCACAAGGGAGAGCACCAGCGCACUGAAGGCCUGGCUCCACGAGCACCGCAAGAACCCAUACCCCACCAAGGGUGAGAAGAUCAUGCUGGCCAUCAUCACCAAGAUGACCCUCACCCAGGUGUCCACCUGGUUCGCCAACGCACGCCGGCGCCUCAAGAAGGAGAACAAGAUGACAUGGGCACCCAAGAACAAGGGAGGGGAGGAGAGGAAAACAGACAAUGGAGAAGACUCUCUGGGAUGCCUGAAUGGUGACACCAAAGAUCCUACUGCCAGCCAGGAAGCCCGGGGGCUGAGGCUGAGUGACCUGGAAGACCUGGAGGAAGAGGAGGAAGAGGAAGAAGCAGAGGAGGAGGCAGCGGUCUCAGCAGCACGCAGGCUGGCGGAUUUUCAGAAGAGCAGGCAACCACUGCCUGCUCACUGCGCCACCGCCCAGGAGGGAUGCUUGGAGAGCAGAGAGUGCGGCCUGGGGUUACCCCUUUUCUCUUUUACUGAGGCCCCACAAUCAGGGGAAGCUGACUUCAUCACAGCAGAGCCAGGUGGCCCCACGAUGGUCUUACACUACCCAAGCGGCCACAAACCCCGCAUUUGGUCCUUAGCUCACACUGCGGCAGCCAGCGCUGUCGAAAGUGCUCCCUCAACUCCGCCCAGGGCACAAAGUCCAGAGUGCCACAUGAUUCCCAGACAGCCCAGUUCUAUCAGGCGACUCCUGGUACCCAGAGACUCCGAAGGCGAAGAGGAUUCUCCUGCAGCCAAAGCUUUUGGAAACUCCACGUUCACCCUGCAGGGGCUGCCACUGAACUGUGCACCAUACCCAAGGCGGAGAGAGCCUGAAGUGCGGUUCCAGUACCCAUCUGGAGCAGAAGCAGGUUAGUGCAAUGGCUGCGGUUUGCAGAAGACUUUAGGAAACGGCUGCUUCCGGAUCCAUGUUCAUAUUAAGAAGUUUCCAGGCCUUGGCAUGGACUGGGAGCUCUCACUUUGCCUAUGACAAACACACAGAACCAUCCUAGCUGUAUCUUGCACGCAGGACUGGGACUGGCCAGACGACACACACCUCAUCAGACUUGGAGGAGAGAUGGCGGGAGACCUUGGGGGAAAGCCCUGUGGGUGCUCACAGGAUACUUUGACCAAGUCUCUCUUCCUCCUAUGGAUGGAGGCCCUGAGCAGCAUGUCCUCCUGCUCACCCACCCCUGCCCAGCCCACUCACUGUGUAACUUUCUUGCUGAAAUGGUCUCCAAGGACUGUCUGUGUCUCCUUCCUCUUCCCCGGCUCUACCUUCAAAAAUAACUUAGCUGAGCCCAAGGUGUGUAGCCUAUCAAUGCCAGCGACCCUGGGAGAGGUCUGGUGUAGCUAGAGUGGGGCUCCAAACUGCCAUGAAGGCUUCUGGGAGUGGGGUCUUGGGCUGCAGACCUCAGUUCUAUUAAUCACAGAGAGAGAACCGGAGGAAGCCACCCACAAUGCCCAGGACACAGUGACUCCCCCUGAACUAAACAAGCUGAACAGCAGGGUGACAUCAGAAUAUUUGCUGAUGAUUAACAUUUGUUCCCUGGUGGUCCUGGGGCUGUAAAUGUGUGUGCUAGGGACCCAUGAGAGGAAACCUGACAGAGUCCCUUUGGCCACUGCUUCCCUGAUACCUAUCCAUGAAGUAGGCAGUUUGGUGGGAUGGGAAGAGACCAUAGAGGGCAUAUUAUCUACUUAAUCUUAAGCUCCAGUCCCUUCCAGUACAGGCCAGCCAGUGGGAGGUGAACAUCAGGACAGGGCUUUGCCCCCUUGUCCCUUUGUGAGUCUGUCUGAACGGGAGUAGGGUGAGAAGUCUGAAGAUGCCCACAGGAUGCAGUAUGAGGCUGCCCGGGUCUUGGGUUCCAGCUCUAGAAAAACCUCAACCUCAGCCAAGGAGCAAACUCACACCUGCUGACCUAGGCAAUGAGACAGGCAGAGGCCUGGAGGGAGUCUGGGAAGAGUUGGUAUGAAUUUGAGAAAGUCACUCUGAAGGCAGUCUCCAGGGCUGGACCACUCAUCUGUGAGGCCCUGUUGGUUGACACCCUCCAGGUGGUAGAAAGGAAGCAGCCUCACCUAGGUGAUUUUAAGGCCUUUAGAAGCUGCGGAGACAAAAUUGGAAGGAAAUUAAAGGAAAGACAAAAACAAAACAAAACAAUAAAACCUUUGGAAUGG